UGAUGAUAAGAUGGUUGUGCAGAAUGUUGGAGACAUUCAACUGGAGGAGGAGGAGGAGCACGUACAUCACCUUCAAAAUCAACACAAUGAAUUAAACAGAAUUGAUGAAAAAAUCAGUAAUCCAGUCAAAUGUAAUAAGUCAACACAAAUCAAUGCUUAUUCAUUACACAACCAGUUCAAACACGUUCAUACGAAAAAUGCAUGCGAAUCUGGUGAAAUACUCUUCAAUGAUGAUGUGCACAGUUAUCGUCAUUAUUAUUAUGCUAAGAGAAAACAACAACGACAAGGACAACAGCUAAAAAAAGUGAAAAAUGACCACUUGGAGAUUGAUAAGGCAACCAGUAAUAAUAAACAGAUUCAGUUACCUAGACAAAAAUCAUUGCACCUAAAGAUGAACGGUUUAAAAUUAUGCCUUAAUAAUAAUCCUGAAUUAAAAUCAACUAUUUUAAAUAGUCAUAAUAAUUGUAAAAUUAGUGAUUUGGAUAAAACCACAGGAAAAAUUCAAAUCGACCAGAAAUUUAGUAGUAAUUCAGUUAAAAAUAAUGACGAAAUAUUAGGCCGUACAACAGUGAUGAGUUUAUCGAUGACACCACCACCGAUAGUGACAACACCUUCAUCGUGGACAAGACACGUAAAAGAGAAACGCCGAAAAGAUUAUAAAUUCAAACAAAAGAAAUUAUUCCAACUUGAUGGCAAUAAUGAUACAUGUGAGGCUUGUAAUAAAUCUAGGUUGGCUAAGCGAAACAGUAAAAUACUUGGGGAGAAAUUCAAUUACCGAAUUCCAUUACUGAAACUGGAAGUAACGCCGACAAUCAAUGAAACAAUAGUAGAUUUAACAUUGAACAUAGAAACAAAUAAAAGUGUAAAUAAUGCUGGCAGGAGUAGUAGCAGGAGUGGUAAUAAUAAUAAUAACAGCAAUAAUAAAGAUCAGACGAUUGCAAAACCUAAAAUGGAAUGUGAUGAUGAUGAUGAUGAUGAGACAAAGUCAACUGACCAAUGUUCACUGACUUCCAAAUCGGUUAAAACCAGAAGAAAUGUAACGAAAAAGAAAAACUCUAAGCAGUCAUUACGUUAUGCUUUAAAGUCUCUGUUGCCAGCAGCAACGAGGUUAACAACAUGGAGAUUAAAACAAAGGAUAAAAAGCGUAAUUAUAAAACCAUUUCAGAGGAAUUAAGUUUUCUUUUAUUAUUUUCAUUUGUUUUGUUUAAUUAGUAUGUGCAUGUACACUAAUCUUCAACUUUUCUUUGACGUAUUUAUUUGCACAUCAUUUCUUUUCUCUCAGAUUUUGUUGUUUGUUUUUUUUGUUAUUUUUCAAUACUGAUAUCAUCCUGGACUGCUUUAUUAUCAUCAUCACUAUAGUUACAGAGUCGGAAACAAAUUCAAUGCCCUACAUGCCUAUAGAACAAAGAGAAAAAAUAAAGGAUGAUUUCGUUUAAUUAAUACACUGAAUAUAUAUACAGAAAGGGAAAAAGACGUGAGCACUAGAUCGACGUAUGUG